CUCUUCCCUCACUCUCAUGCCAUGCCAUUUUGCUCGAUCGUCUCGUCUUCUCUCGCUCUCGCGCUCGCGCUAUAAAUAAAUAAAAACCUUCACCGUUUUUCUAUCCAGUCUAGUCCAUUAAUUCGUCAAAUUAAUAAAGCUUGCAUCUCUCACUAUUUUCUUUUGCGACGUCCGAAUGUAAAAAAGGAAGAACACAAAAUAAAAUGGAGCUUGAAUUGGGACUAGCCUUACCCAACAACGAUUUGAUAAACGAAAUCGAUCUCAAUGAUUACACAUCCUCCUCCUCCUCCUCCUCCUCCUCCUCCUCCUCCUCCUCCUCCCUGUCACGCAGGAAAAGGGGAUUCGACGAGACCAGCGAGAGGGCCGCAUUGCCCCUCUUCGAGCAAAAAGGCCGAGGAAACGAUGAUAAAGAUGAUGAUAGUGAUCAUCAAAAGGCCUUCGGCAAAGUGUUGGUGGGGUGGCCGCCGAUCAAAAGGAGCGGCAGCGGGGGCGGCAGCGCAAGGGCAGCGAUUUUUGUGAAAGUUAAGAUGGAAGGGGUGGCCAUCGGGAGGAAGGUGGAUCUCUCCCUUUGCGACUCCUAUGAAGCACUCUUCCGCACGCUUGAACGCAUGUUCCCCAACAGGCCGAAUGAUGGUAAAACAUGUAAGCAAACGCCUAAUAAUCGUCAUCACUACGUGGUCACUUAUGAGGAUGGAGAUGGAGACUGGAUGUUGGUGGGUGAUGUGCCGUGGGAAGCUUUCAUCCGGUCGGUUAAGCGUCUCAAGAUACACAACUGAACAAGAAUUUGGGGCUUGUGCCCUUCUCUAUGACCAUCAUUGUGCUUACUAUAUAGAUGGUUUUUAUUAUAUUUCCUAUGCAGUGUAAUUUAGUGCAGAACCAACAUAUUUCAUCAGCACUCUGCUUGUAAUCGUCAUUAUCGUCAGUGACUACAUUUUAGAUGUAUAAAACUACAGACUCUUGUAGGGUUUAUUUUGCUUGCUCGAUAUGUCAAAUUGACUUUUUAUGU